GUCAUUUCCGGUGGGCCUCCAUCCUGGAGAGACAAGAUGGCGGCGCUGGGAGAACCUGUGCGGCUGGAGCGGGAUAUCUGCAGAGCGAUCGAGCUGCUGGAGAAACUGCAGCGGAGUGGGGAGGUGCCGCCGCAGAAGCUGCAGGCACUGCAGAGAGUCCUCCAGAGCGAGUUCUGCAACGCUGUGCGAGAGGUGUAUGAACAUGUCUACGAGACGGUGGACAUCAGCAGCAGUCCUGAGGUCAGGGCCAACGCCACCGCCAAGGCCACUGUGGCUGCAUUUGCGGCCAGCGAGGGCCAUUCCCACCCCCGUGUCGUGGAGCUGCCCAAGACAGAGGAGGGACUCGGCUUCAACAUCAUGGGGGGCAAAGAGCAGAACUCACCCAUCUACAUCUCACGAAUAAUCCCGGGUGGGAUUGCAGACAGACACGGGGGCCUCAAGCGUGGAGACCAGCUGCUCUCUGUGAAUGGUGUGAGCGUGGAGGGCGAGCACCACGAGAAGGCUGUAGAGCUGCUGAAGGCCGCGCAGGGCAAGGUGAAGCUGGUCGUGCGCUACACCCCCAAGGUCCUGGAGGAGAUGGAGUCGCGCUUCGAGAAGAUGCGGUCAGCCAAGCGCAGGCAGCAGACCUAGUGUGCGCGGCG